AUGGAGGGUUUUGAUUUACUCAGUGAUGAGCAGCAUGAAAUUUUACGUCAAUUUCAGGAAGUAACAAAUACUCGAGAUGAUAAUAUGGCAGUAGCAACAUUGCAAUCUGUACGGUGGGACUUAAUGAGGGCUAUUGAAGCACAUAUCUGUAUUGAUGAUGAUGAUAAUGAUAAUCAUGAUGAUGAUAAUGACAAUCAUGAUGAUGAUAAUGAUAAUGAUAAUGAUGAUAAUCACGUUCAUAACAAUAUUGUCGUAAUGGAUGUUGGUGGUGGGGCACCUAUUUCGACAAUACAUGAUAUUUUGCUAAAUGAUCGAGGAGCAGCAGAUAAUAGAAUUCUCAAACGCUUACUAGCAGGCAGUUCAGCGGAACAAACAUGCAUUGAAAGUUCUCGUGGCUAUGGCACAGAUGUCACGGAGUCAUCAUCAUCAUCAACAGCUCGUACACAUAGAAGUUCCAGAAUACUAUCUAAUAAACUCUCAGAUUAUGAUUUGCGGUCUUCCAAUCGACUUGUUCAAGAUUCGCAUACUGAUACGCCACUUUCAACUACUGGUCUGAGACUUGCAGCCGAUGCUGUAAGUAGUGAUUCUACUGAUAGUGACGAGGAUGUUUUUCAUGAUGCUGCUGCUUUUGAGCAGCUGACAGAAAAGGAUUCAUUUCGCGAUGAUCAAGUGCCAUUAGUGCCUUCUGAUUUUACUAAUAUUGAUGAAGCACUGCAUAACUUUGUAGCCGUUUUUGAGGCCAGGUAUGGAGGGAACCAUCCACCUUUCUACUCUGGUUCUUUGCAAGAUGCAUUACGGGAAGCACUUGAGGCACCUGGACGACCCGUUGCAGAGCGUCGGCCUCUUGCCGUCUAUCUUCAUAAUGACAAUGCCAUUGCAUGCAACAUUUUCGCAAAAAAUAUACUUUGUUCUGGAUUAGUUUCAUCUCUUCUAAAAGGGCAGUUUGUAACAUGGCCAUGGGAUGUUACACAAGUGGAAAAUAAACUUAAGUUGUUAGAAUGGAUCGAUAUGCUGAAUGUUCGAGAAGUGAAACAUACGCUGGAAAAGUUUCCCGAUGAGCGGUUUCCAUUGCUAGUGGUAAUUAUCAAGGAAAAAAGUGCCAUUUCACCAGUGAGUGUGGCUUGGGGAUCCGAUGGAGCACAGCAGGUGGUAAAUAAAUUGAUGGAAGGAUUAGAUGAAUAUCAGCGUAUCAAGAAUGCAGAUGCUGCUGAAGAAAGAGAACGUAUUGAGAGGGAACAAAUACGUCAGGAGCAGGCAAGAGAAUACGAAAGAUCUUUAGCACAAGAUAGAGCUCGCCAGGAAAAAUUGGAACGUGAAAGAAAUGAACAAAAGGCAGAAAAAGAGCGUCUUGCACAGGAAGAGCGAGAUAGAACGAAACGUCUCCAAGAACUAGCAGCAAGUCUACCGGAAGAGCCGUCAUCUACUGAAAAGGAUGUUGCAGUAGUGCGAGUCCGUUUUCCGGAUGGGAAGAUGCUAUUGCGAAGAUUCCGUAUGAAUGAGCCACUUCGUAAUAUUACUCUUUUUGUGGAGUCGAAAGGCUAUAGUCUAUCGACUCAUCGGAUUUGGACUUCGGAUGUGCCGAAGAAAAAUGUAAUGGAGUCAUACGAUCUCAGUCUUUCUUUAGCAGACGUUAAAUGGCCGGUUCGCGAACAGAUAACCGUGGAUGAAAAGUAA